AUGACACCUGUUAGAUCUGAUGAAAACGUUGAACCGGAAAGCCUUGACACUAAAACAACACCCUCAACAUCUUUUGUUUUACCUCAUGAUAAUAUUAUUACUACUUUUGAAGAUGUUCAAAAAAAUUCUGGUUCAGAUACCAUCAGGUCAACCACCGCCAUCGCUACUACCAAUUAUUUAUCGCAAAAAACCCCCGCAGGAAUUAGCAAACAUAAAAAAUCUUUUAAACCAACAAUACCCAAACCAUUUAAAUUUUGUACCGCUGCACGUCCAAAUUCAAAAUGUCAUGAUGAAACUCAAAAAAGGUCGCCAUUUGUUCCAUUAGCAGUUAAAGUUAAAGACUUUUUGAAAAAGGAUGAAAGAUCAACAUUUGACAGCGAUAAAAAGAUUAAUCGUGGACAAAAGAAACCACCUACAAUUCCAAGAUCUCCAAAAUUACAUAAAUCAAAAGCAUCAAAUACUUUAUCCACCGAAGAACAACAAAUGCAAAAGGUUAAAAAUAAUCAAUUCAAAGCCAAAAGUUUUAAUCAAAAGAUUUUUGAAUGUAGUGAUUUAGGUUUACCAAAAUUACAAAAGAUUGAACCUACUGUACCAGAAUCUCCAGUUAUCACCAAACCAAACUCUCAAUCAGUUGAUGAUAGCGACAGUGUUAUUUUUCUUGAUGAUAUUAAUAAUAAUAAUCUACAAGAAAAUUUGGAUCAAAACCAUGAUGAAUUGGGAAAUACUCAUUUAUUCAAAGCACAGCCGGCUCCAAGCGACACACCAGAUUUGCCACCUCAACUUCAUUAUUCAGCAACACAUCCUAAACCAUUUACUUUAGAGACUGAUCUUCGAGGAGAAAGGUAUCAAGAAUCAUUUCAGGAAGGAUUGAAAGAUCAAAUGGAGCAUGAAAACGAGAACCAAAUGGAACAUGAAAACGAGAACCAAAUAGAACAUGAAAACGAGAACCAAAUGGAACAUGAAAACGAGAACCAAAUGGAACAUGAAAACGAGAACCAAAUAGAACAUGAAAACGAGAACCAAUUGGAACAUGAAAACGAGAACCAAAUGGAACAUGAAAACGAGAAUCAAAUGGAACAUGAAAAUGAGAACCAAUUGGAACAUGAAAAUGAGAACCAAUUGGAACAUGAAAAUGAGAAUCAAUUGGAACAUGGAAAGGAGAACCAAUUGGAACAUGGAAAGGAAAAUCAAUUUCAUUCUAACAAAAGACCUAUCAAAUCAGCUUCUCCAUUUUUGGGUGAAAAACGUCGCAGAUAUGAACAGGUGUUGCAAGAUUCUUCUUUGGUUAAUUUGGAUCUCGAAGUGCCAUUAAAAUACAAAUUGGAAUCAACUGAAUCUAUUACGAUUAAUUCUUUAAAUCUCAUUACUUCAAAUGAUCAAUUAACAGCAAUGGAUUCAACAAAAGUCAAUCUUACUGACCUUACAAUAAAAUUCAUAUCUGAAAAGAUCAACGAAAAUAAUAAUAAUGCUGAUGAAUUGAAUUAA